GAAACAGCUCCAGCUCAAGGGCCAGGGAGAGGACUCAGAAAGAGACAGAUGAGUUCCUACUUGAGCUGAGGGAGGUCUCAUCAUUCACACGGUUGCGAUUGAGGGACAGCUGCUACUUGAGAGUGGAAAAGCUCCCUCUUCUUAAAGAACCAAGAUGCUUCCCACAUAUGUAUGGAUCUUAGCACUUGGAGCAGGAAGUAAGAGGACUCUUUCCAAGAAGGACUGCCCAAACAAAUAGCACCUGUGAAACCUCAAUUGACAUGGAACUCUUCCUGCAUUACUCACUCAUUCCAUCAUUUUUCAUAAUUUUGGUUCUGUCCUACCUCCAAAGAAGAGUUCAUCACAAGCAGCUAGAUGACAAGUCAUACCUCCUUGGUAUCCGUUUUGGGAUUGUAAUGCCCCUGGAUUUCAUUGGAACAUUCAAUAAUCGAUGGUCAUAUGGAAUUGCAUUUGGAGCAACAGCAAAUAAAGUCAUGUUCUUAUUUUCUGAAGGUUACCAGCCCUUGCAAGUACCACAAUGGGCACAAGCUAUUGUGCUCCUGAUAGGAGGCAUUGAAGUUGGACUCUCGCACUUCCCAUUUUUUGCCUGCCUUUCAUCAGAUUUUCGACUAAUAAGUUCCAUUCUUGGAUUUGUGUACUCUUUAAUAUGGUUUACCAUCACAGUCUUGUAUAUUGUUCAAUGUCCACACGGGCAGCUAAUUGGGGCAUAUGAAACUGUUAUUUUCUAUUGGCCUUCCAUGCUGUGUCUGGCUUUCCUCCUGGGCCGUUUUGUGUACAUGUUUGUAAAAGCUCUGAAGAUUCAUCUUGGUUUGGAGGUUCAAAAUGAAGAAAGAUCCUUUCUGGAAGUUCAUCAAGCAGAGCAUGUGAAACAACUCAUGAGGAAACCACGAGAACAAGAGAAUGAGAAAUCCUGGUUCCAACGUAGGAUCUAUGAGUGGGAUCCAUAUUUUCAAUUCCCAAGUCGAAUGAUUGGUUCUACUGUGUUAGCCUUCAUCUGCUUAUAUCUUUUCAUUAUAAUUGAAUUCUGCGUGUACACGUACAUUGUACGAGAGCUAAACGUGUUUGAGGGGGGACUGGAGAGCUACAUUGCUUCAGUUAAUGAUACAGGAGUACUGACACCAGCUAUUCUACAGAUAAAGGAGCUGAUUGACGUGGCAAAAGGUGUUUGGAUGCUGACCAUUUUUUCUGCCUCCCUCACUUGUAUAAGCUACUUAUUCCACAUUUUAGCCUGCUACAGAAAACAUAUAAAAAGGCUGUGGUUAGGCAAGAAAAACUUUAUUCCUUUGAAGUUUCACAAUCCUUCUUCUUCCAACAGUGUGGUGGCCAUAGCAAGAUAUUCAGGUUGGCAAAUAGCAUAUAUUUUGUGGGGUUACCUCAUCAUUCAUGUGGUCCAGUGUCUGUUUGGUGUGAUGAUCAUGUAUGGUUUGGUUUUACCAAUAAUUCACAACCAAGCACUGGAAAUGCUGAAAGGCUUGGGCAUUGGAAUUCUCACCAUUUCUAUUGUUGUGGGACUCAUGGUUUUACAACUAAAGAUAGCAGCUAGAUUUUUUCUUCAGCCAAAGAUUAAACCUGGAGAUAAGCAAAAACCAUUAGCUCUAAAUAAUAGGAAAGCAUUUCACAACUUCAAUUAUUUUCUGUUUUUCUACAAUGUGCUUCUGGGCCUGGGAGCUUGUUUGUUCAGACUAUUUGUCAGUUGUAUCCUGGGAACUUGGUUAAUGGCACGCAUAGACAGAACUAUCAUGCAGACUGGUUAUGAAGCUGCAGACAUGGGAUUCCAAGCCUGGAUUGGCAUGCUGUUUGUGGACCAUUAUCACACCAACCCUGUACUCGUUGGUUUCUGCCAUAUCUUGCUGAUGGUCAACAACGAAAGGAAACUACAGAAGUCCACCCCCUACUGGCACUUAAAUCAUUCAUCUGGUCCUAGAGUUUCAAUAAAGUCCAGAACAAGAUGGUUCUUGCUGUAUACGCUUUUAAAAAACCCUGGGCUUACCUUGCACAGAAAACCUAAACCAGCUUUGGGUAUCAGAGUUGCUAUGCAGACAAAUUCUGUUGAUGUAUUAUAAAACUGAAACUGGCACUGGAUUUAAUGGACAGAGGACAAUACAUCGGCUUGAGAGAGCUUAGAAUGGUGGGAUGCUACCAGAACACAUGCAACUAGAUUAUCUCCGGUGAAAGCAAGAGCUACAAUUGGCUAAAAUCUUUCACUCCGAUUAUAUUUGACCAAGUGGUUAAGAAAUACAGCACUAUUUCAUCAAGUUAAAAAUCUAAAGGAAUUUUGAGCAGUUAAACCCUGUUUAAAACUUACUUUGGCUAUGUGGGCCAUGAGGUAGCUUUGAAGGCUUAAACAAUAUCAGGAAUUUUUUGUCAGUGACUAUUUCCCAAUGAAUGGGAUCCUAAAGUAAUAGAAUAUAUUUAACUGGGAAGAGUUCUUCUGUAAGAAGUGUGACCAUGCCCCAUGACAGAGUGAAGGGAUCACUGGACAAAAUUUCACAAAACCCAUGAAUUCUAUUGCUCUAUUUGUAAAGUAUUUAGCACAGUGCCUGGCAUAUAGUAGGCACAUAAUGAAUGCUUAUUCCCUUCUCUUAUAUCUCAUAGCAUAUACAUGGGGCAG